UGCGCUGGGAGCGGCCAGUGUUACCCUGGGCGCACUGCCGGAUGGUGCGUCCCGGAUGGGGCGGGGCGGAUAGGAAACGGCGCGAAACCUGUGCGAAACCGCGCGUAGUCUCAUCUCGCUAUGGCGCAGAGCCGGGUCACCGACUUUUUCUUGUGCCGCCGCCCGGGGUCGGUGGCUCCGCGGAUCAAGGCAGCCUGUCGCACCCCGAGCCCCACCGGACCCUCGCCCGCCCUCGCCCCGGGCAGCAGUCGUAAGCGCGCCCGCCCGGCCGUAGCGCCCGGGGUUGAGCAGCCCGCGCCGCCCGCGCGCCGGAGACUGCGGCUGCGGGACGCGCAGGAUUCCUGUCCUGGUUCCCCCACACCCCCCAGCCCUCCUGCCUGUCAUUUGCUGCCCAAGAAGGUCAAGAAAAUCUCUGCCCCUGCCCCUGCCCCUGCAGCUCGGCGGUCUGUCUGUGCAGCCCCACCAGACAAGGUGCCCUCAAAGGACACUGUGUCUGAGCUUCAGGCAUGCCUCCAGCGGGCGCGUGAGCUGGGUGCAUGCGUCCAGGCACUGAAGGACCGGGCUCAGGAGGUUGCUGAGGAGCCCAGCUCUCCGGAGGCCACAGCCCCUGCAGAGCAGCCAUGUGGCGAGAAGGUGCCCGCCUACCAGCGCUUCCAUGCUCUGGCCUUGCCUGGCCCGCCGGGUCUCGUACUGCCCUACAAGUACCAGGUGCUGGCCGAGAUGUUCCGUAGCAUGGACACCAUCGUGGGCAUGCUCCACAACCGCUCCGAGACAGUGACCUUUGCCAAGGUCAAGCAGGGAGUCCAGGACAUGAUGCGCAGGCGCUUUGAGGAGCACAAUGUGGGCCAGAUUAAGACAGUGUAUCCCAUGUCCUACUGCUUCCGCCAGGAGCGUAAUGUCCCCACUUUCAAGGACAGUGUCAAGAAGUCUGAUUAUCAGCUCACCAUAGAGCCGCUGCUGGACGGGGAGGCCGGCGGCCCCACCCCCCAGCUCACAGCCUCCAGGCUGCUGCAGCGGCGGCGGGUCUUCAGCCAGAACCUGGUGGACCGGGUCAAGGAACAUCACAAGGCCUUCCUAGCUUCCCUGAACCCCCCCAUGGCCGUGCCUGAGGACCAGCUGACACGCUGGCACCCGCGCUUCAAUGUGGACGACGUGCCCGAUAUCGAGGCAGCCGAGCUGCCCCAGCCGCCCACCACGGAGAAGCUCACCACUGCCCAGGAGGUGCUGGCCCGUGCCCGCAGCCUGAUGUCGCCCAGGAUGGAAAAGGCCUUGAGGCAUGCUGCUGUGUGUGCAGCAGAGCCGAGCAGCCCUGGGUCCCCCAGCCAGACACUGCCAGCCACCCCUGCCAGUCCACCCACCAUCUCUCCCAGCACGCUGAAAGGCGUGUCCCAGGCCCUGCUGGAGCGGAUCCGUGCCAAAGAGGCCCAGAAGCAGCUAGCACAGAUGACACGGCGACCAGAACUUGAGCUGCGGCUGCAGCGGCUAGAGCGGCUGCCUGAGCUGGCACGUGUGCUGCGUGGCAUCUUUGUGGCUGAGCGCAGGCCUGCACUCACCAUGGAAGUGGCCUGCGCCAGGAUGGUGGGCAGCUGCCGAGCCUCGCUGAGCCUGGGGGAGAUGGAGAAGCACCUGCUGCUGCUCGCUGAGCUGCUGCCUGACUGGCUCAGUCUGCACCGCAUCCGCACUGACACUUACAUCAAGCUGGACAAGGCCGCCGACCUGGCCAGCGUCACCGCACGGCUGGCCCGACAGGCCCGCACUGAGGAGGGGCAGUGAGCUGACCGUCACAGGUGGAUGCCAGCACCCAGGGCGCUUCUUUCACUCCUAUCACUAGAUGUCCCCAUCCCUGAGGGCCACAGGUAGCACAGCCUGUGCUUCCUGCCAGCGUGGACUCCUGGGUCUCAUGCAGUGUGUUAGUGUUGCAUUUGUCCCUGUGUGGCUCUGUCUGCUGCCCGACUGCUCUGUAGUCCUUGGGCACUGCCCCAGGCAGGGAAGGGGCCCAGUACCUGGCGGGCUGCACAGGAAGUGGUGUGCAGGGCUGGCAGAGUGGUUGGCAGUGCUGCCCCAUCCACGUCCUGAUGCUGUAGCCUGUGAACUGUGAUCUCUUGGUGGGGGACCAUGCUUGCAGGGCCUAUUCUAGGUCCGGCCCAAGGCCAGGCUGAGUUCAGCUGAGAUCAGAGAAUACCCAGAGCUCCUGCCCCACUGCACUCAGAUCUCUUCCUGUGACAAAUGCCCUGCCAGCAGGCGGUGGCCUCUGAACAUGCUGGCUGGACAAAAGACGAGGUUCUGGUGGCAGCAUGAAGCAACUCUCCUCUAGAACGAUGCUAACUGAUUUUCUAGGUUUUAUGCUAAAAUAGCCUGUAAAACUUAAACUUUAGAUUUUUUAAACAGCAUUAGAGUAGGAUCCACUGUGGGUCUGGUUUGUUCACUUCUAAUUUAACUUUUAAACUUCAAGUUACCUGCAGCCUUGCAAGAAGAACCUGUUUUCUCAUCUUACCGGCUUUUUAUAAAAUAAAGCCCGAGUCAUAAAUAAAGUUUUGUUCCCAA